AUGGAUUCGAUCACGCCCGCGCCCGACAAUACAACCCCUCAGCGUCAUGGCGAACAUGUCCGUGGCCACCACGAUGGCAAACCUCUAGCAUCCGACCUGCGCGACGACGCGCCGCCGCCUUCGAAUCGCUUCGCCUUCACCCCGGCCCAGCUACACACUCUCAUAACUUUCCGAAGCCUCCCGGCCCUCGAUGCUUUCGGCGGCCUGCGAGGUCUCGCGGCCGGACUCCGUACCGACACUGCUGCCGGUCUCAGUGCCGAUGAGACCACACUUGAUGACACCAUUGUGUUCGAAGAGGCCGUCGCCGCCGGCCGCGAGGGCCGCACGCCUGAGUUACGGGCAGCCGAACCGGUGGCCGCGGCGCCUGCGCACCAUGCAUUGCGGUUGGGAGAGAGCCCGAACCCGCACUUCAUCGACCGCAGGCGCAUCUUUGGAACCAACCGGCUGCCGCGGCGGCGGCACAAGUCUUUCCUCAGGCUUAUGUGGAUUGCUUUCAACGACAAGCUACUGAUCUUGCUUACGAUUUCCGCCACCAUCUCCCUCGCCAUUGGCAUAUACCAGUCCGUCGGCGAGGCUGGUUCGUCCAAUAUUGAGUGGGUAGACGGAGUCACCGUCGUCAUUGCCAUCAUCAUCAUUGUUCUCGCUACCGCCGCCAACGACUGGCAGCAGAACCACAAAUUCGAGAAGCUCAAUGAACGAAACCAGCAGCGCGAGGUCACCGUUGUGCGUUCGGGCAGGGCCCAGAAGAUAUGGAUACACGACGUCCUCGUCGGCGACGUCAUGCACAUCGAAGCCGGUGACGUUGUCGCCGUUGACGGUGUCCUCAUCCAAGCCUCCGGCCUUCAUAUUGAUGAGUCGUCCGUAUCAGGAGAGUCCGGUAUGGUCCAAAAGACGGUCCCUGCUGACCACGAUGCGUCGCACGCAUCCCUUGCCGACCCCUUCAUCCUGAGUGGCACGACGGUGAAUCGGGGAGUCGGCCGCUACCUCGUCACGUCGAUUGGAGCAAAUUCGACGUACGGACGCACGCUCAUUUCCCUGCGGGAGGACGUGCAGGUCACGCCUCUCCAAGAAAAGCUCGGCCGGCUGGGCAAGCAGCUCAUCAUCUUCGGUGCCGCUGCUGGCACCAUCUUUUUCAUCAUCCUAUUCAUCCGUUACCUGACGCGCUUAAAGUACAUGUCCAGCAAGGGCCCGUCAAGCAAGGCCGAAACCUUCUUUCACAUCCUCAUCCUCUCCAUCACUGUGGUCGUCAUUACUGUCCCCGAAGGCCUUGCCCUCAAUGUCUCGGUCGCCCUGGCCUUUGCAACGAAGCGAAUGCUCAAGGACAAUAACCUUGUUCGGCUCGUUCGCUCCGUCGAAAUCAUGGGGAAUGCGACCUGUGUCUGCUCCGACAAGACAGGCACGCUGACGCAAAACAAGAUGACAAUCGUGGCCGGCCGCGUGGGCGCCGAGGAUGGCUUCGACGACAUGGAGACGACUACCAAUGCGGCCGGACAGCCUAUGCCGAGCUCAGCUGCUGCCCGGCCCAACUCUUCGGUCCAGCUGGCUGCCUCAUUGUCCGACGAGGUCAAGGAAUUGAUCAAGGAUAGCAUCGCGCUGAAUUCGACGGCCUUUGAGAGCGUCGAGUCGUCAGAUUCCGACUAUUUCGGCUCGAGUACCGAGACAGCGCUACUCAAGUUCAGCCGUGAUCACCUCGGUAUGGGGUUGUUGAGUGUGGAGAGGGCCAACACCCCAAUCGUCACCUUGCUUCCCUUUGAGUCGUCGCGGAAGUGGAUGGCUGUUUUGGUCAAGUUGCCAAACGGUAGAUACCGCCUCCUCGUCAAAGGUGCCGCCGAGGUUGUUUUCGAAUAUUGCGCUUUCUUGAUUGGAGAUCCAACAUAUGUCCUCACAGCCGCCCGCCUCACUGCGGACGACAGAGCCAGCUUCAACGAGACCAUUACAAACUACGCCAACAACAUGUUGCGACCGGUUGCCAUCGCUUACAAGGACUUUGACGCAUCUGAGAUCUUUGAGAACCCAGACGACGACCCAGCCGCGGUAAACCUAGAGUGGCUUGCAUCGGGACUCAUAUUCAUUGGCGUCUUUGGCAUCCGCGACCCCCUCCGUCCCGAGGUCAUCCAGUCGGUCCGCAAGUGCCAGGAUGCCGGGGUCUUUGUGCGCAUGGUCACGGGCGACAACUUCCUGACGGCCAAGGCUAUCGCUGCCGAGUGCGGCAUCUUUACCGCCGGUGGCAUUGCCAUGGAUGGUCCCACCUUUCGCAAGCUGUCGCCAUCGCAACUGGAUGCGGUGGUCCCGCGCUUACAGGUGCUGGCGAGGUCGAGCCCGGAGGACAAGCUCCUGCUGGUGACUCACUUGCGGUCGAUGAAAGAGACCGUCGCCGUAACAGGCGACGGAACCAACGAUGCCUUGGCGCUCAAGGCCGCGGAUGUUGGUCUGGCCAUGGGAAUGCAAGGCACCGAGGUUGCAAAGGAGGCUGCUUCCAUCAUCCUUCUCGACGACAACUUUGCCUCCAUCGUCAAAGCAUUGAGCUGGGGGCGCACCGUCAACGAUGCCGUCAAGAAGUUCUGCCAGUUUCAAUUCACCAUCAACAUCACUGCCGGUACGCUUACGGUGAUUUCGAAGCUUGUCGGCGACUCCAUUUUCGAUGUUGUACAAUUGCUUUGGAUCAACCUUAUCAUGGAUAUCUUUGCGUCUCUCGGUCUUGCCACGGAUCACCCCUCGCCUGACUUCCUCAAACGCAAGCCUGAACCCCGAAACGCAUCAAUCAUCAGCAUCACAAUGUGGAAGAUGAUUCUUGGACAGGCGAUUUAUCAGCUCGCUGUCGUCUUCACCAUUCACUACGCUGGCUGGGAUCUCUUCGACGUCGACACCCGAAAUGAGAAGCAUAGGCUGCAGACACUGGUAUUUAACAUCUACGUCUGGAUGCAGUUUUUCAACCAGCACAACUGCCGUCGGGUCGACAACAAGCUCGACAUCUGGUACCAAGGCGUCCUGAAAAACCCGUGGUUCAUCGGCGUGCAAUGCCUGACUGUGGUGGGGCAGUUCAUCAUCAUAUUCAAGGGAGGUGAAGCCUUCAACACAGUACCCCUGACCGGGGCCAAUUGGGGCUGGAGCAUACUCUUUGGUGUCUUGACUAUCCCCCUUGGCGCACUGAUACGUCAGAUUCCCGAUCGAUAUGUUCUGGCGUUUUUCCGGCUCUGCAAAAGAACCUUCCUCUUUGUCACCAAGCCGUUGCGGCCGCUGCUUUGCUGCUGCUCAUGUUUCUCUACACUUCGGGCGCGCAAACGUCAGAAGCUGGACGGCGACCAGCAACAGGAGAUGGGAGCCGUGCACAGCAAGCCUCCAGAGACCAGAGGGACAAUGCAAUCGCAGGUCUCUCAGGAUGGACAGACUACUCUCAGCGAGGGCACGGAUGUUGCGGAGAAGACGCCAAAGGUGGUGGAUCUGCAAGGGAUGAUUGAGGCUGCCAAGCUUGGCCGAUCUUCUGGGACGGACAUUUUGGAGCUGCAUCCCAAGACGUUGAAGGACGACCCGAUAUUGAGGACGAGAAGCGACGUGCGGAUUCCACCCAGUCAAGAUGUUAUGCUGCAGAGAUUCAUGGCGCGCGACGAAGAGGAGUCCCGUGGUCGGCGGAGUCGUCGGCGGACACCAGCGAGAGCAGUUUGGGUGGAGCCGACGCGGCCUGUCCGGGCAGCGCAGCCCGCGCGCCCUGGCCAAACCACGACACGCGAGAAACGCGGGUUGACCUGGGAAGGACUCUUGAGGUCCAAGAGGAGGUGA